ACUAGUGUUGAUGUCCUAACGCGUGCGCUUUUCCAACGAAUUUCACGAAUCCAUUGAAGUCUUCUCUUGACUUUCUUGAUGAUAUGUGGUGUGUGUUAUAAAUUUCCUAGUUUACUUCAUGUUUUGUGUUGGAAUUAACUUUAGUUCAGUGUUUUGUUCGAUUUGGAAGUGAAGCGAUCACCCUGCACCACAGCUACACAAGAUAUGAAAUAGCAGCACUGUUCCACCAACUACAAGACUAAAUACGACAUUAAGAGCUUCAAUUCUAACUUGGCACCGUCCUACCAAUAGAGCCACUAAAAUGGAUCGUUCUUGACGACGGCGUCGAACUAUUGGGACUGGCGCUAUAAAAUGUCCCGUCUGUCUCAAUUCUACACCGUUGAGGUGGGCGACACCAAAUUCACCAUUCUGAAGAGGUACCAAAAUCUGAAACCGAUCGGCUCAGGAGCACAAGGAAUCGUCUGUUGUUGCUUGUUCUAAUUUCGGUUUAUGUUAUUUGUGUUGUGGUUUUCUUAAAAAUUAAAUUAGUGCACGAUGGCCAGACCCGGAUUUACAAAGCACAUAUUUGGAGAUACAGAAUUUUGGGUUCCGGAUCAUUACAUUAAUUUGGAACCCAAGGGAGGUGGGGCACAAGGGUUAGUUUGCGCCGCUGUUGAUACUGAAACACAACAAAAUGUAGCGAUUAAGAAAUUGAGUAGGCCCUUUCAAAAUGUGACGCACGCUAAAAGGGCGUAUCGCGAAUUCAAGCUCAUGAAAUUAGUUAAUCAUAAAAAUAUUAUCGGACUUUUGAACGCUUUCACGCCUCAAAGGUCCUUAGAAGACUUCCAAGAUGUUUAUUUAGUGAUGGAAUUAAUGGACGCGAAUCUAUGUCAAGUCAUACAAAUGGAUUUAGAUCAUGAAAGGAUGAGUUAUCUCCUUUAUCAAAUGCUUUGCGGUAUUAAACAUUUACAUUCAGCUGGUAUUAUACAUAGGGAUCUCAAACCAAGCAAUAUUGUAGUUAAAUCAGAUUGUACAUUGAAAAUUUUAGACUUUGGUCUUGCACGUACUGCUGGUACUACUUUUAUGAUGACUCCAUACGUGGUCACUAGAUAUUACAGAGCGCCAGAAGUUAUCUUAGGUAUGGGAUAUACGGAAAAUGUGGACAUUUGGAGCGUCGGAUGUAUCAUGGGUGAGAUGAUAAGAGGAGGAGUCUUAUUUCCUGGUACUGAUCACAUAGACCAAUGGAAUAAAAUCAUAGAACAACUGGGUACACCAUCGCAACAAUUCAUGAUGCGUUUGCAACCAACUGUUCGCAACUACGUCGAAAAUCGGCCCCGUUUCACGGGCUUCCCCUUCGACAAGCUCUUCCCCGAUGUGCUGUUUCCCUCCGACAGCAGCGAACACAAUCGACUGAAAGCGAGUCAAGCGAGAGAUUUACUAUCCAGGAUGCUUGUAAUCGAUCCAGAACGCAGGAUAUCGGUCGACGAUGCACUUCUUCAUCCAUACAUCAACGUCUGGUAUGACGAACUAGAAGUGAAUGCGCCCGCACCAGGACCCUACGAUCAUAGUGUCGAUGAAAGAGAACACACUGUCGAACAAUGGAAGGAACUUAUCUACCAAGAAGUUAUGGAAUAUGAAAGUUCGCGCGGAAGAGGCGCCUCCAGUUCACAACCGAGUCCCGCAUCUAAUUCUAUUGAGCCAAAUGGGACGGAUUCAAUGCGGUAGAAAAGGAUUUGAGAUAUAAAGCACAAGCUGCAAUUUAAGCUAGUCUAAACUAUUAUUGAAAAUAUUACUGAUAUAAAGCCCACCAUUAACUAGAUACCGAACAGACAGAGAGUCUAGUGAGCUGUGUUUGUUAUUGACGACAGUGAGUAUAAGACUACACACGGGUCCCUUUUUUCUAUCAACCGGAACAUUAUAAUAUAUCCUUAAUCAGUAUGUGUGAUAUGAUAACUUAAGACUAAUUUGUAUUUGAAUCGUUUUGUUUUUCCAAACUUGUUUUUUUAACGAAAUAAAUAACGUAUUUUUCCAAGAUACAGAUAUACGAAGCAUUGUUUGAAAGAACGUCGUUUUUAGACAAUCAUUCAGUUCGUUCGGUUUCCAUUGAAAAAUACAAAUUAGUAAUGAAUGUAUAACAAAAUAAUCAAUAUUAGGUAGUACCUAGUUAUUAUUGAUUAUUAUCGAUAGUUUUGUUUUUUUUAAUAUUAUUUAUUUUUUCUUCUGUCAAAUGCAAAUUUGCAAUAUUUUUUCUAACGUUAGGUAUAACUUAUUUUUGCUCUUUUUCAAAUUUUAUAGUUAUAUAUAGACAUAAAUAGAAUUAGCGACUAUAACCAUUUGAAAUUAAGGUAGGAACAUCAAAUUGUUUACAUAAUUUGCAAACAAAUUGUGUGAAACUAGCGAAAAACAAUUACAAUAACUUUAUGUACUUGUGAACAUCCGAUCCAAAAAAAAUGUAAAAAGUGACAAUUAGUGAAUUUUAUAGGUGGACUUUUUAUUGUUGAUUACCAUUUUGUUGUGUUUUUUGGACGAUAAGUUUCUUUAUUUAUUCGUGCAAUGUAUGAACGUCACUGGCGUUUUCAUUUUUGUUUUAUUAUUAAUUUUUUUAUUGUGAUUAAAUCGUGAAUGUGCAAAGACUUUUAAAGGAAAAAAAAUUAACUCAAGUCGAGUUGUGUAGUGGUUUGUUUGUUUAAUUUAUUUUUAUUUUUUACAUAAUAAUUUAUUAAGAUGGCAGUUUUUUCCUUUCUCUCUUUCAUAAAAAUACUGUAAAUACCUUCUCAAUUAGACUUACUUAAUUUUUCGACUUUCCACUUAUCCUUAAAUAAAAAACAAAACGUUUUAAGCGUAGACAACAAAUUGCAAAUCGGUAGAAUGUUUUCGUGGUUUUCGUGUUGGUGAUGUUGGGAUCACCUUUUAUUCAGUUCUUGUUCUUUUUCGAAUAACACAGACUAGUGUUUUACCGGUUUACAACAGGAUUAUUAUAUCACGUUUAGUAAUUUGUAGUAUACAUACAAUGCUUGUAUUGUUCUGCUUUGUAAAUAAACAAAGUAAACUGA